AAGUGUGAACUCAUUCAAUGGAUUCUCAAAAUCCCAAAUCACCUCCCUUUGUGCGUAGAGAAGUUGAACAUGGAUAAGGUGCUCGCGGUUGACGAAAGCGCCAACCCCUUCCGUCCGCCGCCGGCCGUGCGCCCCUUGCGGGCGGCGGACGUCAACACAGACUCAUCGCACUCUAUGAUGAUGAGCCGUAGCCCCUCUGAGUGUGCCUUCCAGCGCUUCCUUCAGGAGGCCUCCGUUUCCGUUGACUACAAUUCUCCCGCCCCUGCCGGGUCUUCUGCCGCCGCCGCAGCUGCGGCUUCUCGCUGGAUUCAGCCGCGUCAAAUGGACGGCGUCGAGAUCGCGGAUCAGAAUCUUAGAACUGAUCGGAAUAUGAAAUUCGGUCACCAGAGCUCCGUCCCGGAGCCGGCUACUGAUAGCGCGGUGGCGGCGUCCCUGGGUGCCGGAGCUGCUCCUAAUGUUCCCGUUGAUUCCGAGGAGUAUCAGGCUUUCCUCAAAACGCGCCUUUAUCUCGCCUGCGCCGCCGUAGCGUUCUCACGUGGAAAUUCUGCUGAGCCAGAGAAGGAUUCAGCUAAGGUGCUGCCGGAAAAAGGAUUUGAGUCCACUAUUUCAAAUCCUGAAUCCGUAGUUCAUUCUAAAGGAUCUCGGAAUGGCUUACCCAAUGGGCAAGAGAAGAAUGUUGGGUGGCAUGUUGGAACACCUACAUUACCUGCAGUGCCUGUGAAAUCUAGUGCUCGGGUACGGUCAACAAGUGGCUCAGAACAAUCUGAUGAUGAUGAAGCUGAUGGAGAAGCAGAAACAACUCACCAAAUGGAUGCAACAGAAGUGAAACGUGCAAGGAGAAUGCUAUCCAAUAGAGAAUCAGCUAGACGUUCUAGAAGAAGAAAACAGGUCCAUCAGACAGAAUUGGAGACACAGGUUUCUCAAUUGAGACUCGAAAACUCCUCUCUGUUGAAGCGUUUGGCUGACAUAAGCCAAAAGCAUAAUGAUGCAGCAGUUGAUAAUCGAAUCUUGAAAGCAGAUGUCGAGACACUAAGAGCAAAGGUGAAGAUGGCGGAGGAAACAGUUAAAAGGGUAACCGGGAUCAAUCCCUUGCUCCAAGCAAUGUCCGAAAUAUCCAUUAUGAGCCUCCCCUCCUUCACCGAUAGCACUUCAGAUGUCUCGGCCGAUGCUGCUACGACUGUACAUAUGCAAGGUGACGCCGAUCAUCACUACUACCAAUCCCUCUCUCGCGUCCCCUCUCAUGGCUCUCCCAUCCCAAACGGCUUGCUGAACAUCUCUCCUAUCGAGCAGCGGCAGGGCCCCCCCACAAUGCAGCGCGGAGAUGCAGGAGGCCCGCGGGGAACUCAUUGCAGGGGAACUAAUGAUGUGCAGAAAUGAGGCCUGCAUCAUGGUGGACCAGCAAUCCCUUCGAUUUGAAAGAUGACGUCGAUCUAGUAUGAAUGAAGAUGUUGGCGAUGCCCUCUACGGUGAAGGAGGAUGAAGCAAAACGAUGAUGAUGGCAGACCAUAUCAAGCUGAUUGCAAAGAUGGAAAUGAGUUGAACAUAGUGAAACAUAGUUCAACGAAUUCUUUAAGGACUCCCCUCUUCGAGUGACUUCGUACCUUUCAUUUUAGUCAAGCGACUUCGUACCUCUUUCAAAUGACUUGAACAUAGUUCAACGAAAUGAGUUUCACAUAGUGAAAACGGUCAAGGGACUCUUGUUG